AUGACAAGUUUUCUACACAAGUUUUAUGAUAAUGUAACACGAAAGAAAACUUAUGAUGAUGAAUCGAUACAAACGUCUCAGUUAAGACGAUGUUUAACUGUAUUUGAUCUUACUAUUUUGGGCAUUGGAUCAACAUUAGGUACAGGAACAUAUAUUCUUACAGGACAAGUAGCUCAUGAAACAGCCGGACCAUCGAUUAUUCUCAGUUUUCUUAUUGCAGCGAUUGCAUCGAUUCUUGCUGGUGUUUGCUAUGCUGAAUUUGGUUCGCGAGCACCACGUGCAGGCAGUGCCUAUACGUACACAUAUGUUAGUGUUGGCGAAAUUAUGGCAUUUAUUAUAGGUUGGAAUAUGAUUCUUGAAUAUGUAAUAGGUAUGUUGAAUUUUUAA